AUGUCGAACCCGACCAAUUUCAUUGACUUGUAUGUAGAGGUCAGAGAAAAUGUGAUGGAUUCUCUGGAUCUCGCCGAACUAUCCCUCUUCGCAAGCGCCAAUAGCGUUUUGCACAGCGCAGUGGAGAAAUAUAUUCAACGACGAAGACUCAUCAUAUUUGCUCUAUUCAUCAACAACCCGCAAGAGUUCAUUGGCAUAUUGCAGAUCACGGACAGCGUCAUUUCAGGGUCAGCAGCUCUCAAUAUCGUGCAAGCCAGGCAAGGUGCUGUUGAAAUCAACGACUUGGACGUUUACACUACUCUUGCCAACUUUGGAGAUCUCAUUCGUUUCUUCACGGACAAAGAACACUACAAAAUAGUCGGGGACUUUCAUCGACCGCCCCCUGGUCCUUACAACAACACUGGGAUAGCCAAAGUUUUCAGGCUGAAGAAGAAAGAAAGAAAGAUAGACAUCAUUGUAACCCACUUGACCGCGGCGGCAUCCCUCAUCUUUCAAUUCCACAACACAAUCGUGAUGAACUUCAUUUCUGCAGAAGCUGUUUUCUGUGCUUACCCAGGAUGGACGCUCAAUAUGCUCGGACUUGUGCACCCAAGAAUGUACAAACAAAACGGAACCAACCUAUCCACAAUCAAAGCGCUUGCAAAGUACAUGAAAAGGGGCUUUAGCCUAUACUCCGAUAUUGCUGAACUUGGACCACACGACUCGCAAUGCAUCAAAACAUAUUAUUGUCCACAGAUCACACGAAGCACGAACGACAAAGGCAAAGUCGCGUGGGUGUUUAACCGCACAGGAAGGGAAAGUGGAACUGUGGGGAGCGUGAUGCACAUUGAUAAAAGUGCGAUCGUGUGGUGUUUAGGAGGAGACCAGUGUGCAGAUGAAACAUAUGCCGGCUCCCCUUCAUUUGUUUUUGCGACAUGA